AUGGCUCAGACAUGGGCAAUUCUGGCUGCACUUCUUUUCCUGCUAAUCAACCUGAUUGAAGGGUCAGCUUACAACAUGGUGAGUGUUGAGGCUGGUGAUGAGGCUGUGUUGAGUUGCCCUUAUGUCUCCAAGUUGUCUUUGCUAAUGGUGACAUGGAAGAAGAAAUGCAGCACUUGCUGCUUGUUGGCCUAUAGACGUGAUCACAAUGAGACAAGCAAGUUAAAAUGCAGUGAGAGGGUGAUGUGGAAAUAUUCACCUGACAGUGAUCCUGCUCUUCGUAUUUACCCUGUGAACCUUGGUGAUGAGGGAAAUUACACCUGUGAAGUUGUCAGCAGUGCAGGGAAUUUUCUUUUUUUCUCUUAUCUGACUGUGAUAGUCCGACCUACAGUGACUCUGACCUACGACAAGAGCAGGGUGGCUGUCUGUCAAGCGUCUGCUGGAAAGCCAGCUGCUGAAAUCUCCUGGAUCCCUGCAAGUAAUCACAGCACUGAGGAAGAAGUCCACCACCCCAAUGGAACAGUGACCAGAGUGAGCUACCUAGGCUGGGUCAACAGCGCGCUUCCUAAUGUCACCUGCCUGGUUACCCACCCAGCUACAAACCAGAUUAUGUCCCUAGACCUGUCAUACACCUCCCACAGGCUUCUCUGUCUUCUGAUAGGAGGAUCUGCAGUUGUUGCUGCUGUCAGUGGUGUGACUUUAUGCUUGAUUUUCCGGUGCAGAGCUUUCCGGUUACAUUCACUGGCACACAGGUUGGCAGUUCCAUUUGCAACUAAGAACUUCAGGUCUGUGCAAUCACAUGAGAAAACAGAUGCGGUCAAUCUUCCUGUCUUAUCAGAGAGUAUCUACCAGAAUGACAAUCCAAGAAUGAUAUACAUGAACUAUUAACAAUGUAGGCACAAGCAGUCUACUACCAGCUCGGCUACUAAUGAUACUCAGUUACUUGAACUUGUACUUCAACCAAGAAAUCUCAGACCUUACCACAUCGCAGGCCAGCAGAACACUCAAAGCUGCCCUACAAAAGCCUUUUACUUUCCUGACCUGAAGACAGCGGGGGAGAACAACCUGUUUUAGUAAAUUAUUUAUCUAUGUCUCUAAAUAUCAGCACAGCUCUUGAAACAUUUGAAAUUUUUAAAUAUAUAUCUGAAUUUUAUUC